AUGGCUCCCACUUCAUCAAUGGUCGGCCUCAAAGGUCCCGGCUACAGCGUCACUUCGACAGGCCACCUAAAACACACAGCAUCAGGCUUUAUCCUCGAAGAAGUUCCCAUCGGAAUCUUCGUCCAGGUCACGCCCCCCAACCCGGCAGCUGCAUCCGGCUAUGCUCUAACACUCGCAGACUUCAAGGGCCAUUGGCGCAUCAGCCAGACGAACACCCCGGCAGUUGGGGACACGGCGCAUGGGCAUUGGUUGAAGGAUGAUAUUAUCUAUUGGGUCAAGGGGCGUGUUACGGAUAUCCAUCGGGAUAAGACGUUUCAUAUCGUUACCGGUGAGGAUAUGGCCACGGCUGAGACGUAUUGGGGGAGGGAUGAGGAGAAUGGGACCAAGCCUGCUCUUGGGUUUCGGUAG